AUGUUAAACUGCACCGCGUUUUCGGGCACUGACCACCUCAACCAUACCCACUCAGACGUCGAGCGAAGUGGCGAUAGCAGACAAGGCUCGACUGUCGAAGCAGUUGGACCAUCUCGAGCGGAUGCUGGGCAGCGUGUCUCACGAACGCGACGAUGCCAUCCGGUGGAUGGCACGGGCGCGCCGACGCCUCGAAGACCAGGAGGCGGUACAGAAGCAGCUCGAGAACACGGCCGCCGUCCGCCAAGACAGAAUCAAGGUGAGUCAACUUCUCGGCCUCCGAAUCUCAAUCCGGUUUCCGGUUUCGGUUUCCAGUUUCACAUUUCCGGUCUCUUUUGUUCCUACGGGACUCUCGCAGCCCAAUUUCACCGACUUCCUUCGACACUCUACCCCAGUCGGGACUCGAGCUCUCUCUUCUGUAGUUAG